GUCCUCGGAGGAAGCCCUGCCUGGCAUUACCGCAGAAGAGUUGAGAGGCGCAAACUUCGAGGGGCCUCUGGCAGAGGCUAUGCUGUUGCAGGCCCGGGCUCUUACCACUCUCGUGGGUCAGAUGAGCUCAGCGAGUUCGGAUCCCCUGGGCGACUUCCAGACAGCUCAAACCCUGUCAACUCGGGGGACAAUCGGCCGCCAGAAGCUGCAGGCCGAGGGCGCUUUCUUUGAGAAGGCCUACACGGCAGCAGCCCGAAGAAUGUACCCGGCUUCCAAGCCAGCCAGUGCCUCCGAGCUGGUGCUUCGCGAACCCGUGAUGCAGCGCUAUCUCGAGAGAUACGGAGGCUACGAGAGGCAGAAGGACCUGGGGCUCUUCCAGUGGCAGCUCGCCCAGCUCAUGGACCUCAUGGCAAUGGGAGAGACAAAAGGAGCCGCCGACAUCAUCGCCCAGCUCAUGAUCAUGAUCGAGCAGACAGCGCUCGAUGGAAAGUCCGAUCUGGGCUGGCUGAUGACUUUGCAGCACGACCCGCCAGCCUCGAUCUUCGUCGAUCACCAGGGUCUUCCGGAACUUGAUGCUCUUACGCUGAAGAGGGCCGAGUUCGCCAAAGCAAAGCCGACACCUUCUCUCCCGACCAGGCCCGAGCCGAAGGCGCCAGACCCGAAGGGAGAGCAGCCUCUCACUCGCAAACAGCUCAGGGCCAAGCUUUGGGCGGAGAAAAAGUCGGAUGCCUUGCCCGACGCAUGUUUCCGCGCGAAAUUAUGUUUUCUCAAGUGGGCCGCAGCCCUCCCUCGGCUGCUUUUGGCCACUCGGACCUCCUUUGCCAGGUUCCUUCGUUCAACUUUUGCUGUUGCCAGCCACCACGGGGAUGCACUCCCCGAUACCGCCCUUUUCCCGCUACCUGUGCCCGUGCCGGGCCUUUUUCAGCGUUGUGACCCGAAGUCGCCCGACGGCGAUCCUAAGGCAGCCCUGCAUGCCCGCCUCCUCAACCGUGUUGUGCGCAUAGUUGUGAUGGCCUUGAACUUCCUUCAUGCUGACUGCCGCCCGAUCCCCGUUGCAGCACUUCGGAGGCCUCCGUCGAGCACCCAGUCCAAAGUCCUAGGCCGGGUCCGUAGGAUGCUUGAGGCGAGUAGUCGCUUUGUCGACAAAUUCGUCGUUGCCUCUGGCCGCCGCUCAGCCCACCUUCUUGCGCGCCAGGAAGAGUUGCGCUCCUUCCUUGAGCACUGCGGCUUGCCUGCGACUUUGUACCCUGGAUGCCCCGACGCUGGAUCUUUUGUUCCCCACCGUGGUGGACCUCCUGAACUGAAACCUUACCGCGAUGCAGAUGCCAGCCGGCUUGCCAUCACUGGCCAGGGCCACUGGGACAUCACUCCCUUUCUGAGUGAGGAGCUCCUAAUGCCCUUCUUGGAACCUGCUGUACCCGAGAUGACGCCUUCCCUGACACCUCGCGUGACUGCCCGGCUGAGGCCCUUAGGCUUUUCAAGCUGUGGGACUCCCUUGGCCUUCUCCGUGUUUGCCCGGGUCCUCGAGACCCCCAUGACCUUUGCCGUGUGUUCGGGUACCUCCGCUGCCGCAGCCUCCCUUGAGCAUGCCGCCUCUCAGACCCGUGCCCUGAGAGACGUCCGCGGCGACCGGCCCCUCCUGCAGCGUGGAGACCAUGGUGGAGUUGAGUAUGCUACUCAGGCUCACGAGCAGCUUCUUGGGCGCCGAGGCCUCCUCUCUGCACGUACCCGUGUUGUGUCUUCAAGGCCCGCCCCCCCGGGUCCCCUUCACGAUGCACUCAUCAUCGAUGAUUACUUCGCGAUAUCAGCUGAGAAGGUCACAGACUUCCAAGACCUCUCCGGUGAUGCCCUUUCCGAGGCCCUUCGCAAAACCGCCGCAGGUCAGUGCAUUUCUCAAGCCAAGGCCGCCUACAGCUCUGCCUCCCUCCGAGGUUCCGAUGCCAAAGACAACCUUGGCGCGUUGCGCUACACCGUUGCUGGCGCGCAGAUAGAUUCAAGCCUCGAAAACCUUAAGGCAGGCCAGGUCCUAGCCGGUGCCCCUUUGCACAAAAGGCUCUCCCUUUCCUAUCUGUCUCUGCAGGCCGCCGCCCUCCCUGCCAUCACCGAGGAGCUUGCAGCAAUUUUUGCCGGCUCUAGGGUUUCUUUUCUCCAGUUCAGGAAGUGCCUCUCUUGCGCACUCGACAAGUUUUUCCGUCUUGGGCGCCCUUCCGGCACAGCUCCCGGAAGCAACCUCCAGCCGCUUCCCAGGAAGGCUGCUGAGGAACUCUGCCUCCUCGCAGCUCUUGCGCCAAUCAUCUGCGCGGACUUAGCCGUCCCCUAUGAUGAGAAUGUUUACUGCACUGACGCCUCCCUCCAAGAGGGGGCGGUCUGCCGCGCCCACAUCGGGGCUGAUGUGUCUGAGCUUCUCUGGCUCUCUGCUGGCCGAAAGGCUCCUCACGCUCCGCUCUGCAGCAGCCACGCCCGAGAGCAGCCUCUGCACUUGCCUGCCGAUGAUCACCCCCCACCUCAAUCUCCUCCUAAAGAGCUUGGCUUGGACUAUGAUUUUAUUGAGGUCUAUGGGGGGUCUGGUAAAGUUUCUCGAGCCGUUUCUCGUCUAGGUUGGCGGCCCGGGCCCUGCAUUGACUUGUCCUCAAGCGAGGAGUUCGACAUGAAGAAGCUCCAUGUGUUGGACUGGAUCCUUUACAUGAUCCUCCACGGCCGCCUGCGCUCCCUUAUGCUUGAGGUCCCGUGCACCACCUUCACGACUGCCGCUUGGCCUGCCGUCAGGUCCCAUGCACUCCCUCUCGGUUUUGACCGGCGCCUCCCCAAAACCUGGCUGGGAAACUUCCUCGCAUUCAGGGCCUUGAUCAUCUUCAGGCUUUGUUUGUCCUUAGGGGUCGCAUGCCUGAUUGAGAAUCCUCGUAGAUCGAAGUUCUUCUGGUUGCCCGCUGUCAAAGCCCUCCUUCGCAAACCUGAGGUCCGCUAUGACUGGCUGGCCUCUUGCGCAUAUGGGUCCCCUCACAAGAAGGAAUUUGGGUUUCUCUCCUGCCAUGCCGAGACUGCUCAGCUUCACCGCAAGUGUCCUGGCGGGCAUAGCCAUCUCCCUGUUCAGGGCAAGCAUGCAAAGGCGAGUGCCAUCUACCAUGAUACUGUUGCGCUAGCCCUAGGCUCCGUGUUCGAUAGAGCUCUCAAGGCUCUACCGCCUCCGCCUGCUCCUGAAGCUGAGGGCCUUGAAGGUCUAGUCGUCAACGACAUCCUGGCCAGCACCGAGUGGGAGGUCGCUUCCUCGUGGACUUGGAAGUCGCCUCGGCACAUCAACGUACUUGAAAGUGACAGUGGCCUUGCUCUCUACAAAAAAGCUUGCCCUCGAGAACGGCUCAACGUAGCCGAUGAUCUUACCCGUGGCCGGGAUGCCAGGCCUCCUGUGCCUCUCUCAAUUCUUGACCACUUCAGCCUGAGCGAGGCUUUUGAGGUCACUGGAACCACGCUUGACAGCGCACUCAGCCAGGUGCCCUUUGACGCUGAACGCUUCAUUGGGCUCCUGACCGAGUACGGGCAGGACUUGUACAACUCUGGUCGACCGUACUGGCACUUUAGCGAGACGCUGAACGCGGUUACGUCUCUGAAGCCUGUCUUGAGACGCCAAGCCCAGGCAGCCUGGGACCUAGCCUUUACGUGGUUAGCUGAGGAACCUUCGACCCAUCACAUUGCUAUGCCUGCCGUAAUCUUGACCUCAAUCCUGUCAGCCUGCCUUUGCUGGGGAUGGACGCGUGAGGCAGGCGUUUUUGCUCUGUGCUUCGGAGGCCUCCUAAGAGUCGGCAAGGCUACAAAAGCGAGGAGGAGAGACCUUGUUUUUCCGAGGGAUGCCCUCGGCACUCAGGACUUCAUCCUCAUCAAGAUCAACGAGCCAAAGACUAGGGGCCGCUCAGCGCGCCAUCAGGCGGGUCGUGUCGAAGCUGCGGACCUCGUCAACGUCAUCGCCUUGGCUUUCGAGACUUGCCCAGGGAAUGUUUUCUCUGGCCCCAGUCUGGACAGACCUUGA